UGCCCCCACGCCGCUCCCAGCGCUCGGAUCGCGGCGCCUCCCGCUCCCAGCACCGCUGCACGCCGGCCCAGCGGACCCGGAGACGGUGGCCGUGGUCUGGGGGCUCCGACGGCGCAGCGGUCGAGGCUGCGGCGCGGGGGGAGCGGAGCGGAGCCCGGCAAGUCCCCGGGAGGCGAUGUUGCCGGGCGCGGGCCCCCGCGAAAGGCGGGCGCCGCGGCAGGCCGGCCGGUGAGGCGCCGCCAGGGGAGGCCGCGACGGAGCUCCCGGACCCGCCAUGGGCUGAGACACGUCCUCGCCGAGCAGCCUAUGGUGAAAGUGACCCUUCCUUACCCCACCAGAACAUGCCCGGGUGACUUCCUCCCAGAUCUUCCUUGUGGCCUUCCUCGCCCUCCCCAGUGACACUAUGCAACCCCAGUGUGACCUGCGAGGCCUCUGGCUCCUGCUGCUGUCCUUGUUCCUGCUCCUCUUUGAGGAGGCCAGAGCUGGCCAUCCCUUGGUUAGCUGUCCAGCCGCCUGCCUGUGUGCCAGCAACAUCCUCAGCUGCUCCAAGCAGCAGCUGCCCAACGUGCCCCACUCCUUGCCCAGCUACACGGCGCUCCUGGACCUCAGCCACAACAACCUGAGCCGCCUGCGGGCCGAGUGGACCCCCACGCGCCUGACCCACCUGCACUCCCUGCUGCUGAGCCACAACCAGCUGAACUUCAUCUCCUCUGAGGCCUUUUCCCCAGUACCCAACCUGCGCUACCUGGACCUCUCCUCCAACCAGCUGCGUACCCUGGACGAGUUCCUGUUCAGUGAACUGCAGGCGCUGGAGGUGCUGCUGCUCUACAAUAACCACAUUAUGGCAGUUGACCGCUGCGCCUUCGACGACGUGGUCCAGCUGCAGAAACUCUACUUGAGCCAGAACCAGAUCUCCCGCUUCCCUCUGGAACUGGUCAAGGAAGGAGCCAAGCUACCCAAACUAACGCUCCUGGACCUCUCCUCCAACAAGCUAAAGAACUUACCAUUGCCCGACCUGCAGAAGCUGCCCGCCUGGAUCAAGAAUGGGCUGUACCUGCACAACAACCCGCUACACUGCGACUGUGAGCUCUACCAGCUCUUUUCCCACUGGCAGUACCGGCAGCUGAGCUCCGUGAUGGACUUUCAGGAGGACCUGUACUGCAUGAGCUCCAAGAAGCUGCACAAUGUCUUCAGUCUGAGUUUCCUCAAUUGCAGCGAGUACAAGGAACGUGCCUGGGAGGCCCACCUGGGUGACACCUUGACCAUCAAGUGUGACACCAAGCAGCAGGGGAUGACCAAGGUGUGGGUGACACCAAGCAAUGAACGGGUGCUAGAUGAGGUGGCCAACAGCACAGUGACGGUGUCCAAGGAUGGCAGUCUUCAUUUCCGGCGGGUGCAGGUCGAGGAUGGGGGCGUGUAUACCUGCUAUGCCGUGGGGGAGGCUUUCAAUGAGACACUGUCUGUGGAGUUGAAAGUAUACAAUUUCACCUUGCACGGACACCAUGACACCCUCAACACAGCCUAUACCACCCUCGUGGGCUGUAUCCUCAGUGUGGUCCUGGUCCUCAUAUACCUGUACCUCACCCCUUGCCGCUGCUGGUGCCGGGGUGUCGAGAAGCCUUCCAGCCAUCAAGGAGACAGCCUCAGCUCUUCCAUGCUUAGUACCACACCCAACCACGAUCCUAUGGCUGGUGGGGACAAGGAUGAUGGUUUUGACCAGCGGGUGGCCUUCCUGGAACCUGCUGGACCCGGGCAGGGUCAGAACGGCAAGCUCAAGCCAGGCAACACCCUGCCGGUGCCUGAGGCGACAGGCAAGGGCCAGCGGAGGAUGUCAGAUCCAGAAUCAGUCAGCUCGGUCUUCUCUGAUACGCCCAUUGUGGUGUGAGCAGGAUGGGUUGGUGGGGAGAUUCUGCCCCAGGAGAGGUAAUGCACCCCUGAAGGAUAUGAGGGGAUGGAAGAGAGGGCUAGCUGCCCAAGGGAGUGGGCUCCCCCCGAACUCAAGGGAAUUGGUCACGGUUACAGCAACAGGCAAGACCCCAAGCAGGGUGUGGCUGCCAUGAUUUUCAAAUAUGGAUAUGCUAAUUCUCAGGCAAAUGCUACACCCCUAUCCAGAGCCCUGACAGUUCUCAAUGUGGUGGAAGAAGAGGAGUGUAUCUGAGCUGGUGGGAAUGAGGAAGGGGUGGGAGGAAGAGCGGAUUCCUUAAACUUUUUUGAGGUCAUCCAUAGCUCCUUAAGAGAAAAUUAUUUGGAAAAAAAAAAUCAUUUUUUCCUAUCUCUGCCCACCCACACCUGCGAUGUUGUGUGUGCUGGCGGGAGCUUCCACAGCAGCCAUGUUGGGGGAAAGCUAUGUUAUCUUUGACCAGGAAGUCACACUUCACAGCUGGGGAAAUUGGAAACCUUUGGAAAAAUGAGUCAGGAAAAGGCUGAGACCUUAAUCAGUAACACUCCCCAAAGCCGUUGCAAGACUUCCCACUAAUGCCUUCCUCUUUCUGGAUGAGCCCUGGGUGGAUGGUUCUUUGCAGGAGCCUGGCCUGUUGCCUGUCAGAUACGGCAACAAUGUGAGAUGUGGUAUCUGUGCCUUGUCCUGGGACCAGUGGUACAGAGGGGUACAACAUGAACCGAGGGGUCCCUGUCACAGCAUAGGUGCCAGCACAGAACUUGGAGGUGGGGGAUAAACUCCAGAUUGGCUAAUUCCCUGGUUGGUGAAACCCUUGGUUAGCAUUUGAUUCCCAGCACCUGUGUGUAGCACCAGGGUGGAGGGUGCUGAAAGCAGAGCUUCUAUGGAUGCCUGCCACAGACGUGGGAUGGGGGCCUCUUUGCACUAGGAGGAGGAGGGUAAAUCAGCCUCUAGUAUGUAGCAUCCAGCUGGACCUACCUGAUUUUUUGUGUAUGCCAUCUCUUCAUUCAGUCUCCUGGUCAAGUUCAGGUGGGAUUCUGAGUGUUCCCUAAUAUGCUGCUCUGCAAAGGAAGGAGUCCGGGAAAGUCUGGCCCCAGCUGGGUUAGAUUGGGCUCGGGGAUGGAGGGGGCCGGGUAUGUAUCUCUUCUGUGUUGACAAAGCCGCUUUGCUCCUCUCUUAGAGAUCUCAGCCCUGCUGCAAGGCCAAAGCAUGGGAUCUCAUCAUCCGAGGAGAUGGAAUUGAGUGGUCUCUGCCACAGAAGAAUGGCAAUUUGGAGUGUGGCUAAGUUUUGCCCUCUCCACGAGGUUCCAGGCAGUCUUGUAACAGACAGUCAGUGGCACUAAACUUUGAAAAGGAGACCCUGUCAGCCAGAGGUCUGUGCAGUUGUGGUUGUCAGGCCCAAGGAACUUAAGAACAGGCCCAACGUUCCAUUCCAACCCAGUUGCAGGAUACUUUGGGUAUAGAGAUGACAACUCCCUUUGACUCUACUGCAGGCCCUGGGAGUUGGUUGCUCUGAGCUUUGGCAAGGGGACGAGCAGGGCCAAGGUGAAAACGUUCUCUGACGUUGGUCUUUUCAGUCUCUCCCCUCUCUCCCACCAAGUCUCCUUCCAUCGGAAGUUCUCCAGAUCUUCUAGUUUUCUGAUCUCUCUUUAGGUUCCAAGAAGUGUCAUUUACCUGCGGGUGAAAGCUGCUUGCUAGGAGGGCCUAACUCCCGCUGCCUAUUAAGAUUCGGGGAGGGGACUGGAACUCAACGUCUGCUUCUUGUCUGUUCCCGGGAUGUCAAGACUGCUGUCCAUCCUUUAUUAGUAACCUAGUUUUGUCAAGAGAGGUGCAGCAUUUCCCUCAAGUACUUGCAUGCUCAUAGGGAUGCAUGCUUAUAGGUCUGCAUGCACCCCAGCACCUUGACUUCCAUCAAGACAGUGAGUCUUCAGUCCCCACUAACGUCCACUUCCAGAGUGGUUUCCACCCAUGUGCACAACUUCAUGCACACAAUUUUCUUGCCCUGUAGGAGAGACAGUGACCAUGCCAGGCUCCACAAAUACAAACUUUUGUACUUUAGAUUUCUGAACGGCCUGAAGCUUCACCCACAUCUCCACGACACUGAAUAACUUCUCAGCAAAGGCUGGAGUUAGGAGAACUACAGGUUGAAGAUCUUGAGAGGAGGGGUGAUGAGGAGCUAGCUGGCUCUUCAGACCCCUCAGAAACCUUCCUUGGAUUAAAGAUGAUAUAUGUGAGAAAUAAAUGUAGAACUAGGUCAGUGACAGACCCAGAACACUGGCAGGGGACCAGGGAGCUGUAAGUUGCUCUUCCUGUGUUAACUGCCCUGGUAAGACAGGGGCAGGAGGAAAAAGUUGUCUGGUUAUAUUUCAGAGACUUCUGAAGAUUCUGAUACUGAAGCUAUAGGAACCAGGACUCCCUCCUCAGACUUACCAGGGAAUCGGGGAAAAAUCUCACCUCCAUACUGCAGCUUCCCCUCUAGGCACCAUCUGGGGCUCUGAAAAUCUUUAAAGUGAAUGUCAAAUGAAGUGGGCCUUCUGGGGCCUUCUAGCUGAGUUCCUGAGGACUAGGAGGGCCAUUUGCUUCAUAAAUCCUACCCAGUUUAGGGCAUAAUAUCAAUAAAAGGCCCUGAGGAUCUAAGUCUCCCCACUGUAUCCACUAGGUUGGCCAGUACCUACCGGUUUGAGAGACUGGUAGACGUGCCUGGCUGCCCCACCAAGAGACUGAAGUGAUGAGCCUCCUCCCAUGGUUUCAGUUGAUAGAACCCAAAGGUAGCUUUCUACCUGGGGGAUCGUGUACUCAGCGUAUGUAAGCUCAGUAGAACCCCGUGUAGGAAACUGCUAGCUCUGGUUAUAAAGGUCGAGCCAUCACCCCAACUCCCAUAAACCAGACGUGUCUCCCAGGAAGCAGGUGUCCCUGGAGACAGAACGACAGGGCUGUACAAUCUGUCUGUGUGAUUAUUUGUGAUUUUUUUUCUUUGCCUGUAUUUAUGAGGCUCCUAGGAAGGAGCCAGGAGCAGGUAUACCCCAGCUGGGGAGAGUAAAGCCAACUGAUUCCAGUUUUCCGUGUGUCCUUACCUUUGUACUUCCUCGUAGCCCUGCUGGCGGAGCAAGCAGGCCUCCCCAUGUCCAGGAUCCUAGUCUUCCCACUUAUGUACUCUCAGGCUGGCAAACCUUGGAGCCUCUGGGCUCUGAAAACUAGACAAUGAUCAUUAAACCUGGCUUGAGUCUCUGUUCUGGCAUAGUCUGUGACUGGUUUAUUUAUCUUUUCAGCCUGUGGCUGGGGUUCACUGGACCUCAGAAGGGUGUGGCCUGUCUAGGGGGAGAAGAGUUAAAUGCUGUUAUAAGGGCAUGGGUUGAAUCCACAUCUAGGCAUUAAGAUGGAGCAGGGGUCAGCCAACCUUUUCUGUAAACAGCCAGACAGGAAACGUGUUCAGCUUCGCAGCCCAUAUAGUCUCUGUUACAACUACUCAGCUGUACCGUUGUGGCAGGAAGGCAGCCACAGACAGCACACAAAUGAAUGACUGUGGCUCUGUUCCAGUAAAACUUUAUUUAUGGACAUUAAAAUGCGAUUGCCAUA